ACUUAUAUAAAGGUGCUUAUAGAUUGAAUGUUUGGUUUGCAAAGACUCGUAGAACCAGUGCAGGACAUGGUACUGUCCCGUCCAGCUUCCAAUCUAUGAUGAAUUACAUUGUUGCUCAAUUAUAUGUGAUUUUUUUGUUGUGUCCACACUUAAAAUGAGCUGAAUGUAUAUUUAUUUUGAACAACUGUAGGAAGUGGCAGUGGCAUUUAAUGGCAUUCUUGAAAAGCAGGCUUGUGUCACUGUGGGAGGUGUGAGUCUGUGCCCAUGGGCCAUAAUCACUUUGUUUCAUUUUCCACUAAAAAGGAGGCGGCAUGGUUCCCUUUGGGAGGGUCACAGCUGUUAAUAAACCCAUAUUUUAUAUGACUGGAUUACUAUUGGAUAACUGUUUGCAGAUGGUAAUGAAUGUUGCUGUCUUCUGACUAUUUAUAUUAAUGGAUCUCAGUAAUGGCAGGCCGCGGUGGCGCGGUGCUCGCUGCUCGUCAUGCCAGGAAUUGUUGUUUUCCGCUGCCGCUGGUCUGUGGGCAGCGAUGAUUUGGUGCUGCCCGGAAUCUUCCUCUUCGUGCUGCAUAGUACCUGGUUUGUUAUCCUGUCUGUGGUUCUCUUUGGACUGACGUAUAACCCACACGAGACAUGCUCCCUCAACUUGGUAGAUCAUGGUCGGGGGUACCUGGGCAUCCUGCUCAGCUGCAUGAUUGCAGAAAUGGCCAUUAUCUGGCUGAGCAUGAGAGGGGGCAUCCUAUACACCGAGCCUCGGGACUCCAUGCAGUAUGUGCUCUACGUGCGCCUGGCGAUCCUGGUGAUUGAGUUCAUAUACGCAAUCGUGGGCAUUGUCUGGCUGGCUCAGUAUUACACGUCGUGCAAUGAUGUCACUGCCAAAAAUGUCACACUGGAGUUAAAUCUGAGCUAAGGCCAAACAGAGUCCCCCUAAAUGGAGCUUGAAGGGUAAUGGCACUCUAGGAGACUGCACGUCUUUUGCUUCACAAUGAUUUCAAGCUCGGCGGACGAGUGGCAAAAUGCUCGCUGAUGUCCCUUUGGAAACAUCAUCAUCAUCAUCAUCGUAAUCAUCUGUAGAGGAACGAUAACGAGCGUCCUGCCUCCCGCUAGGAGAAGACUGCAAGGACAUACUCGAGACAAUACUCACAAUAAAAUAAACCCAACAAUCCCAUAUCUGCUGGGGAAACAGUAAAGCAGUGGGAGCCUUACUUCAUAAGUGGUGAAGUUGCCCAAAAAGCCCAACCAAGCUGGACCCAGAUCUACAAGAUACAGGAAUUCAUUAACUCAAAAUGGCGGCAACACCAGGCCGAGCAUUAUUCCCAUGGACUGGAGGAGUUGCCAAGGUAUCAGAGAAAACAUGUCUUCCAUGUAAUAACUUCAGCCAGACUUCUUCUAGCUAAGAACUGGAAUGAACCAAGAUCCCCCCACAGAAAUGAAUAGAUCAACCAGAGACUCCAGCUAGAACUAUGAACACACGGCUCUCAACCUCAACCCCCCAAAACUUCAAAUCAUUGGAAAGAAUGGAAGCUUAGAGAGCACUUACCCAAGGGGGGGGGCCACAGAAGUCAACAGAAGCUACAAUUUUAUUAUUAUUGUGUAGGGACCCAUAGGGUUAAAUGGCCCCUAGAGCAUUUAAUCCCUACAGGUCAGGGUUGCCAGAUUUAUUUUUCCAAAUUAGCCAACGUUAGUUCUAUACUAGCCUAAACUAACCAAAAGCCACUUUGAAAGUAGCCCAAAAAUAGCCCAAUAUGCCCAAUGGAAAAAACUUCAAAAAAAAUAAAUAAAAGUAUAUAUGAGUAACUUGCCUUUGUAAAGCGUAUAAUCCCUACCCUGGGUGAGAGAGUACAGUGUAACCCAUGUUACUCAGCUAUUGAGUUAAAAUAGAGGUUACAAUUGUUACUUUUUAUUCCUUAUCUUUCUUUUAAGUCUCCUAUUCCUCUCUCAUUCUAACUAGGGCCUGAUUGCUAAGGUAAACAAGGCCCUAGCAACCAGAUGGCUGUUAAAAUUCCAAAAUA